CAAAUCAUUCAUUUCCACCUUCAUUGGGGAAAGCGAGUGUUAUCCGAACGGAAGGGUCCUGAAAUAUCUUCCUGCCUUGGCCUUGGAACGGUUGCGUGCUGUUUGCCAUCAGAAUGGCGCUACGCGUUGCAGCCAUACUGCUGGCUAUCUCGAUAGUGGGAGCACAUCGCCAGCAGAGAGCUGUUCCAGAUAAUUGUAACCUACCCCGAGAGCCCGGUCCAUGUCGAGCAAGUCUUCCUCGCUACUUCUACAACAGUCAGAGUGCGCAGUGUGAGCGUUUCAACUAUGGUGGUUGCCUCGGUAACGCCAACCACUUCACCACUGAGCACGCAUGUGUGCUGGCAUGUGAACGACAUGCUGAUCCGCCAGCACAGGGCGAACGUCUCAAGUUUGCUGAUAGGUCAUUCUGUGAUCGAACAUGUCCGCUGCCAUGUACUUGUCGAGGAAAACGGGUCGAGUGCCCGGGUCCAUUGGAUGCAGCACCUGCUGGCAUUAGUUCAUGCACUGAAGAGCUGAUUUUAUCCAAUUCUGGAAUCAGGAUGAUCAAUCCACAGGCCUUCUCUGGAAUGUCAUCGCUUAAAACACUUGAUCUUUCUGGUAAUGACAUCCGCACGCUACCUGAGGAUGCGUUCUCUGGAUUGACAAGUUUGGAAGUACUGCGACUGAAUGAUAACAAGCUUCAAGCACUUCCAGCCGACGUUCUACAGACUGCUCCCAAUCUCAUGGAGGUGCAUCUUCAGAACAAUCACUUGCAGUUUGUCGCUUGUGAGACCAUUGAUAACCUGCCAAAUCUCCGCUUGGUAAAUGUCAGCAACAAUCGUUUGGUUCGUCUGAUUCCCCAUCCCGGUACACCUCUUGACCAGAUGACAAUUGAUGUAAGCAACAACCGUUUGACAACAUUCUCUCUGCCACUCUCACCUGACUCUAGUGGACCAGUCCUGAACUUGGGUGAGAAUCCAUGGAUGUGCGACUGCAAACUGGAGCAACUCAUUACGCAUUACGCAACACGCCAGCAACAAGUACUGGAUCGCAACUCAGCUCUCUGUGCCAAUCCUUCAAGCCAGGGUGGACAGCGUAUUUUGCUUGUCAAUUCGGAGGCGCUCGAAUGCCUGCCGGAAGACGACACCGAGAGUGUUUCUGAGAUGUGCGUGAAAAUGCCAGACCAAGGGCCAUGCCGCGCACGGAUACAGCGCUACUACUAUGACCCACAAUCUCAGCGUUGCCGUCAGUUCACCUAUGGUGGAUGCAUGGGCAACGGCAACAACUUUGCCACCCAGGAGGCCUGUCAAAAGAAAUGUAUCGAAGUGGCCGGUCGACCAACUGGCCAACCAGUGCGUGAACCACCAACAGAUCCAGGUCCAGUGUGCAAUAGACAGAAUGAGGUCUACACAGAUUGUGGUUCACCUUGUGAGAGUACCUGUGAAGAGCCGGCCAAGACUUGCUUUGCAGUAUGUGUCGAGGCGUGUAGGUGCAGACCAGGCACAGUGCGUCUGGAGGAAGACGGUCCAUGCGUUCCUCGUGAGCGCUGCCCACAGCCAGCAAAGCCAGAUCAGCCAACUGCUGGACCCAGGCCUACUGACUCUCCACUGCCUGCGCCAGUGUGGCCCAAUCCAGCCUACAAUGUCCGUGACACUACAGACGACACCGUAUCAUUGAACUUGCCGAGAGUCAAUACUUCACCCGGAAGCACGUUCGACUUGGAAGUGUUGCGCGACGGCACUUGGCAGAAAAUACCAGACAACAUUCCUGUCACUCGCUUCACCCAUGAUGUCAGUGGCCUUGAGCCCGACACUCGCUAUGACUUCCGUAUUCGCUACUUUGAUGUAUCCAGAAAUCGGCUUUCCCCGUGGAGUUCACCGGCUCCUAGCCGUACUGAUUCGGCGCCAGAGACGGAUCCACCAACAGACCCUCCAACACAAGGUCCGUUUCAACCACAGUGGCCAACUCCAUCAAACAAUGAUGAUCGUACUACCGACAGUCGCAUCACUGUGAAUUUGCCUGGCUUGCCCCAGCUACCAUCAGGCAGCGUGUUGGACGUACAGUACAGACGUCCGGGUGGCAACUGGAGCCCUGCAGGUACUGUAUCGGCACGAAACACGCCACAGGAGUUUGACGUGCCGUUCCUUCAGCCAGACACACCGUACCUCUUCCGUUUCCGCUAUAGGAGCAGCACUGUACCUAGAGGCUCUCCGUAUAGUCCCAUUGAACAAUUCCGCACAGAACCAACUGUGACUGAGCCGCCACGAACAGAUGCUCCAAUGCCCACUCCAGAGUGGAGAAGACCUGCCUCACCAUCACAACGUUUCAUCGAUCUUAACCUGCCUAGCUAUACAGUUCCGGGCUCCACAUUCGACGUGUUUAUUGAGAGCGACAGAGUUCCUCGCCGACUUCUUUUUUCACAGCCCACUCAGUUCCGUGAACAAGCUCGACGCAUUCCUAACUUGACACCCAAUACGGAGUACCGAUUCUACAUCGUCGCUCGCGAUGGCAAUCGCCAGUCACCAGAGAGCAAUGUACAAGAAGUGCGAACUCUGCCUGAAAGAGUGAUAACUCUGCGGCCAGUGCCAACCCAAUCUCCAGAACGUCACUAUGUCCUGUCAUGGCUCGUUUCUCCUCAGCUGGAGAACCUAGUCACCGGUUUCAGAAUUCAGUAUCGAAAACUUGACCCGAACGGUCGACCGGAACCGUGGGUCACGGAAUCGGACAAUGUUCCAAGAGAGGAUCGGGAGUAUAACUUGGCCCUUCCAGAUUCUGGUACAUAUGAGUUGCUGGUCACUGGCCUGACUGCCGAUGGACUGCCUGACAUUGAACAAUUGUUCCAGGAAGUUAUCCAGUGGGAAGGAGAUGGAUCAGUCCGUCCAGUAACCCGCCCUGUGCAAGUAGAGCCGACAACACGACCUCUUCCUCCAACUCCAGCUCCCACAACUCAACCAGCACCCACCACUCAACCCAAACCUGAUGAUGUUCCUGUACCAGACCUUGCUUGGCCGGAGAACACUGUGCAGUCGGUUACCGAUGAGGAGGUUACCAUAAGACUGCCAGCUGCUCCACCAAGCACACGCCUAGACGUGUUUGAGAUUGUGAAUCGGGCUUACUCGCGCAUAGAAACGGUGCCUGGCACUAAUUCACCACAAGACCUAGUGUUCGAUAGAAGGCCAGGCACGCAGAGAAUCCUCUUCCGUAUCAUUGACGAGACCGGUAGAGCUACGGCGCUUUCACCCGUUCUGGAGGUGACCGAUCGUCCCAUUGCUCCACCUACUACCAUGCCACCCGUUGUCACCACCACUGCUACAUUGUCAAUAGAAUUCCCUAGCGACGAGAAUCCCAUCUCAGUGACGAGCAAUUCUGUGACUCUACGAUUCCCGGGACGCACGGUGACAGAAGACAUUUCCUAUGAGCUGUUCAAUGUCCUGCCUAAUGGCCAGUUCACACUGCUCCAGUCUAUCCCAUCUACUACGCAGGAUCAAGAUGUUCCCAUUACUGCACAGCCCGGCAUCACAUACACUUAUGUUUCCCGAGUGGUGAAUACGCGGACAAACCGAGCUGGACGUCUUAGCCGCAGGCUAACCGUUACCACCCCAUCUGCGGCUGCACAGACUCCAGCUCCCCAGCCUACUACUGCCCCAGCACCAGAGCAACCGCCUCGUCGUAACUGGCCCACUCCAGGCUAUAGCGAGGAAAGCACCACACCGACAUCUACUGUCAUCUUCCUACCUGGCUUGCCAAGUGCUCCAUCAGGAACAACAUUCAAUGUGGAAGUACGUGGACCAAACGGCCAAUGGCAGCGAUUCGCUAGUCGCAUACCAUCGUCAGACCGUCCUCAGCAGUUCCGUGUAUCAUCAUUGGAGCCUGGCACGCCGUAUGAUUUCCGAUUCCAAUACUCUUAUCCCACUGGGCCAGCCUCAGACUACAGCAAUACCCAGACGAUUGACACUGACUCUCCCCAGCCUACUGGUGGCCCAGCUCCAGUUUCAGCACCAUAUUGGCCAAGCAACCAACCAACCAGUCAGAGUCCAGGUCAGCUUCAAUUUACACUCCCCGCUGCCGUUCCUAAUUACUACUACGAAGUUGUGAGGAUCUUACCAAACGGAGAUGAAGAAGUUGUGGGAAGAUAUCGACCGAUCGACAGCCGUGAGCAAAUCAUCAUGCCUGUACUACCUGGAGAGAAUUAUCGUCUGGGUCUGAGAUCAAGAUCAACCUUGUCUCCCAGCCAAGUCUCCGAUAUUCGCUCAAUUAUUACAUUCCAGAUUCCUCAAGCCCAACCAGUGCCGUUUCCCCAGAAUGGUGUCAUUCAAUUCCAGCCAUCGUUCCCUGGUCAGAGUGGAUGGGUGAUUCGCAGCAAUGUUGAUGGAGAAAUUACAAGAUUGCCAGCAUCAACAAGACAGUAUACACUGGAUACCAGCUCACUGUCAGUUGGAACUCAUACAGUUACCGUGGAGACGGAUGAUGGACGUGUGAUUGGACGAUACAUUGUCAUUGUCAGAGUCCCAGUGCCAUCUUGGCCAGGACGCCCAACCUUCCAGAGCCCAGAUCGAGUUCAACUUACACUCCCUGCUGCCACUCCUAACUACCUAUAUGAAGUUGUGAGGAUCUUGCCAAAUGGAAACGAAGAAGUUGUGGGAAGAUAUCGACCGGGAGACAGCCGUCAACAAACCAUUCGUGUUGUGCCUGGAGAGAAUUAUCGUCUGGGUCUGAGAUCAAGAUCAACCCAGUCUCCCAGCCAAGUCUCCAGUAUUGGCUCAACUGUUUCUUUCAACAUUCCUGAAGUACAACCAACUCCUGCUCCUACCCCAGCACGUCCUACAUCUCCAGCUUGGCCAAGACCCCCAACCAUCCAGAACCCAGAUCGAGUUCAACUUACACUCCCUGCUGCCACUCCUAACUACCUAUACGAAGUUGUGAGGAUCUUGCCAAAUGGAAACGAAGAAGUUGUGGGAAGAUAUCGACCCAGCGACAGCCGUCAACAAACCAUUCGUGUUGUGCCUGGAGAGAAUUAUCGUCUGGGUCUGAGAUCAAGAUCAAUCCGAUCUCCCAGCCAAGUCUCCGGUAUUGGCUCAACAAUUUCAUUCAACAUUCCUCAAGUACGACCAACUCCUGCUCCUACUCCAGAACGUCCUACAGCUCCAGCUUGGCCAAGACCCCCAACCAUCCCGAGUCCAGGUCAGCUUCAAUUCACACUCCCUGCUGCCACUCCUAACUACCAAUACGAAGUUGUGAGGAUCUUGCCAAACGGGGAUGAAGAAGUUGUGGGAAGAUAUCGACCCAGCGACAGCCGUCAACAAACCAUUUCUGUUGUACCUGGGGAGAAUUAUCGUCUGGGUCUGAGAUCAAGAUCAAUCCAAUCUCCCAACCUAGUCUCCGGUAUUGGCUCAACUAUUUCAUUCAACAUUCCACAAGCCCAACCAGCGCCGUUUCCCCAGAAUGGUGUAAUUCAAUUCCAGCCAUCGUUCCCUGGUCAGAGUGGAUGGGUGAUCCGCAGCAAUGUGGAUGGAGAAAUUACAAGAUUGCCAGCAUCAACAAGACAGUAUACACUGGAUACCAGCUCACUGUCAGUUGGAACUCAUACGGUUACCGUGGAGACGGAUGAUGGACGUGUGAUUGGACGGUACAUUGUCAUUGUCAGAGUCCCAGUGCCAUCUUGGCCAGGACGCCCAACCUUCCAGAGCCCAGAUCGAGUUCAACUAACACUCCCUGCUGCCACUCCUAACUACCUAUAUGAAGUUGUGAGGAUCUUGCCAAAUGGAAACGAAGAAGUUGUGGGAAGAUAUCGACCGGGAGACAGCCGUCAACAAACCAUUCGUGUUGUGCCUGGAGAGAAUUAUCGUCUGGGUCUGAGAUCAAGAUCAACCCAGUCUCCCAGCCAAGUCUCCGGUAUUGGCUCAACUGUUUCUUUCAACAUUCCUGAAGUACAACCAACUCCUGCUCCUACCCCAACACGUCCUACAGCUCCAGCUUGGCCAAGACCCCCAACCGUCCAGAUCCCAGAUCGAGUUCAACUUACACUCCCUGUUGCCACUCCUAACUACCUAUAUGAAGUUGUGAGGAUCUUGCCAAAUGGAAACGAAGAAGUUGUGGGAAGAUAUCGACCCAGCGACAGCCGUCAACAAACCAUUCGUGUUGUGCCUGGCGAGAAUUAUCGUCUGGGUCUGAGAUCAAGAUCAAUCCGAUCUCCCAGCCAAGUGUCCGGUAUUGGCUCAACAAUUUCAUUCAACAUUCCUCAAGUACGACCAACUCCUGCUCCUACUCCAGCACGUCCUACAGCUCCAGCUUGGCCAAGACCCCCAACCAUCCCGAGUCCAGGUCAGCUUCAAUUCACACUCCCUGCUGCCACUCCUAACUACCAAUACGAAGUUGUGAGGAUCUUACCAAACGGGGAUGAAGAAGUUGUGGGAAGAUAUCGACCCAGCGACAGCCGUCAGCAAACCAUUUCUGUUGUACCUGGACAGAAUUAUCGUCUGGGGCUGAGAUCAAGGUCAAUCCAAUCUCCCAGCCAAGUCUCCGGUAUUGGCUCAACAAUUUCAUUCAACAUUCCACAAGCCCAAUCAGUUCCGUUUCCCCAGAAUGGUGUCAUUCAAUUCCAGCCAUCGUUCCCUGGUCAGAGUGCAUGGGUGAUUCGCAGCAAUGUGGAUGGAGAAAUUACAAGAUUGCCAGCAUCAACAAGACAGUAUACACUGGAUACUAGCUCACUGUCAGUUGGAACUCAUACGGUUACCGUGGAGACGGAUGAUGGACGUGUGAUUGGACGGUACAUUGUCAUUGUCAGACUUCCAGCACCAUCUUGGCCAAGACCCCCAACCAUUCAGAGUCCAGGCCAGCUUCAAUUCACACUCCCUGCUGCCGUUUCUAACUACCAAUACGAAGUUGUGAGGAUCUUACCAAAUGGGGAUGAAGAAGUUGUGGGAAGAUAUCGACCCAGCGACAGCCGUCAGCAAACCAUUUCUGUUGUACCUGGACAGAAUUAUCGCCUGGGUCUGAGAUCAAGAUCAAUCCAAUCUCCCAGCCAAGUCUCCGGUAUUGGCUCAACAAUUUCAUUCAACAUUCCACAAGCCCAAUCAGUUCCGUUUCCCCAGAAUGGUGUCAUUCAAUUCCAGCCAUCGUUCCCUGGUCAGAGUGCAUGGGUGAUUCGCAGCAAUGUGGAUGGAGAAAUUACAAGAUUGCCAGCAUCAACAAGACAGUAUACACUGGAUACUAGCUCACUGUCAGUUGGAACUCAUACGGUUACCGUGGAGACGGAUGAUGGACGUGUGAUUGGACGGUACAUUGUCAUUGUCAGACUUCCAGCACCAUCUUGGCCAAGACCCCCAACCAUUCAGAGUCCAGGCCAGCUUCAAUUCACACUCCCUGCUGCCGUUUCUAACUACCAAUACGAAGUUGUGAGGAUCUUACCAAAUGGGGAUGAAGAAGUUGUGGGAAGAUAUCGACCCAGCGACAGCCGUCAGCAAACCAUUUCUGUUGUACCUGGACAGGAUUAUCGCCUGGGUCUGAGAUCAAGAUCAAUCCAAUCUCCCAGCCAAGUCUCCGGUAUUGGCUCAACAAUUUCAUUCAACAUUCCACAAGCCCAAUCAGUUCCGUUUCCCCAGAAUGGUGUCAUUCAAUUCCAGCCAUCGUUCCCUGGUCAGAGUGCAUGGGUGAUUCGCAGCAAUGUGGAUGGAGAAAUUACAAGAUUGCCAGCAUCAACAAGACAGUAUACACUGGAUACUAGCUCACUGUCAGUUGGAACUCAUGCGGUUACCGUGGAGACGGAUGAUGGACGUGUGAUUGGACGGUACAUUGUCAUUGUCAGACUUCCAGCACCAUCUUGGCCAAGACCCCCAACCAUUCAGAGUCCAGGCCAGCUUCAAUUCACACUCCCUGCUGCCGUUUCUAACUACCAAUACGAAGUUGUGAGGAUCUUACCAAAUGGGGAUGAAGAAGUUGUGGGAAGAUAUCGACCCAGCGACAGCCGUCAGCAAACCAUUUCUGUUGUACCUGGACAGAAUUAUCGCCUGGGUCUGAGAUCAAGAUCAAUCCAAUCUCCCAGCCAAGUCUCCGGUAUUGGCUCAACAAUUUCAUUCAACAUUCCACAAGCCCAAUCAGUUCCGUUUCCCCAGAAUGGUGUCAUUCAAUUCCAGCCAUCGUUCCCUGGUCAGAGUGCAUGGGUGAUUCGCAGCAAUGUGGAUGGAGAAAUUACAAGAUUGCCAGCAUCAACAAGACAGUAUACACUGGAUAUCAGCUCACUGUCAGUUGGAACUCAUACGAUUACCGUGGAGACGGAUGAUGGACGUGUGAUUGGACGGUACAUUGUCAUUGUCAGAGUUCCAGUACCAUCUUGGCCAAGACCCCCUACCAUUCAGAGUCCAGAUCGGGUUCAACUUACACUCCCUGCUGGCGUUUCUAACUACCUAUAUGAAGUUGUGAGGAUCUUGCCAAAUGGGGAUGAAGAAGUUGUGGGAAGCUAUCGAUCGACCGACAGCCGUCAGCAAACCCUUUCAGUUGUACCUGGACAGAAUUAUCGUCUGGGUCUGAGAUCAAGAUCAACCCAGUCUCCCCGCCAAGUCUCCGGUAUUGGCUCAACAAUUUCAUUCAGCGUUCCUCAAGCCCAACCAGUUCCGUUUCCCCAGAAUGGUGUCAUUCAAUUCCGGCCAUCGUUCCCUGGUCAGAGUGCAUGGGUGAUUCGCAGCAAUGUGGAUGGAGAAAUUACAAGAUUGCCAGCAUCAACAAGACAGUAUACACUGGAUAUCAGCUCACUGUCAGUUGGAACUCAUACGAUUACCGUGGAGACGGAUGAUGGACGUGUGAUUGGACGGUACAUUGUCAUUGUCAGAAGUAAGUGUUUGCCCAAGCUUGAAAGGAUCCGUUCCAGAAUAUGCUGAAUAUUGAAACUGUGA